AUGGAGGACACACGAGAGAAAGCCUAUAAGGCUGUCACCUACUCUGCAGUCACCUUUUCAUUCCUCGCUAUUCUCUCAGGUGGGGACCAAUUUUGUACUUAGAUGGCAACACACAGUAGAUCACGAACGAUCCUAGAUUAGUGUAGAAUUUUGAACAUUCAAGCUUCGUCUCCUGAAAUGAGACGGUGUUCAAACAACAAAUGUUACUUUUGUUAACAUCUUAGAGCUACAGUAUGCCCUUUUUACCUUUAAAAAGUUAGCUUACAGUAUGUAUCUCUAUGCCAAUCGUGUACAACUUCGUGGACUCGAUCCAUCAGCAGACGAAGAGAGACAUGACCUUCUGCAAAGUGAGUCCCCUUCUUUCUCCCUCUUCUUAUGGAGUCUUCUUCUCCGUUUUUGCCUCACCUACGUUCCAGCAGUGUGACCGCUUGCGGAGGAUACCGGUUUGCCACAGGGUUCUCAGAUCAAUCAUAACAUUGACACGCGCGUCGCCCAAGGUGUGUAAUCACCCUCAUAAUCGUGUUUAUUACAGUCGACCGCCAGAGAUAUCAUGUCUGAAAUCAGCCACAAGAAGCCGAUCGCCGCCGCCAUCGCCGGAAACCUGACCACCAUUCGUAACAAGCGUCAAGCCGUCGGAUGCGCUGGCUGCUGCAAGCCAGGACACCCGGGACGGCCGGGACUUCCAGGAAGAAACGGAAAGCCAGGAGUGCCAGGAGCACCAGGAAGACCAGGAACUCCAGGAAGACCUCCGAUUGUGUGCGAGGAGCAAGACGUGCCACCAUGCAAUCCAUGCCCACCAGGAUCCCCAGGACCACAAGGACCACCAGGAACAAGCGGACAGCCAGGGCGGCCAGGAAACCCAGGACGACCAGGAGCCCCGGGAACACCUGGCCCAGUCGGACCAAAUGGAGCCCCAGGAGAGCCAGGAGCACCAGGAAAUGACGGAGAGAAGGGAGAGCCAGGAAGACCGGCUCAAUCAACUCCAUCCACUCCAGGAGAGCCAGGAAAUCCAGGAGAUGCCGGAGCCAGCGGAGCUCCAGGAGAUGAUGGAGCCCCAGGAAGAGACGGACAACCAGGACAAUCGGGACCUCCAGGGCCACCGGGACCACCAGGAAAUGUUGGACCAGCCGGAUCCCCAGGAAAACCAGGCCAGCCAGGACUCCCAGGACCACAGGGAGAGAGAGGUCAGUCAAUUCUGCAGUCAGUCCUCAUACUAAACAUACUGCUCUUUCAGGAAUCUGUCCCAAGUACUGCGCUCUGGACGGAGGAGUCUUCUUCGAGGACGGAACUCGUCGAUAG